AUGACAUCCUUGUCUACUCUAAGAGCUGUGAAGAACAUGAAGAGCAUUUGCGGUUGGUACUUGGAGUUUAGAGAGAAAUUGUCCAAGUGCGAGUUUUGGAUGAAAGAGAUACAAUUCUUGGGACACGUAGUGUCAGCUGGUGGAAUUUCAGUUGAUCCGACCAAGGUACGAGCGGUACUGGAGUGGGAGAGUCCGCGUUCGGUCACUGAGGUUAAGAGCUUUGUAGGACUCGCGGGCUACUACAGGCGUUUCAUAGAAGGAUUUUCUAAGAUAGUAGCACCGUUGACACAGCUUACGCGCAAAGACCAACCGUUCGCUUGGACCGAUCGGUGUGAAUCCAGCUUUCAAGAAUUAAAGCGGAAGUUGACGAGCGCUCCAGUGCUAGUUAUUCUGGACAGGCCAAACCAUUUGAAGUCUACUGUGAUGCCUCUCAUCAAGGUUUGGGCUGUGUAUUGA